AGAGCCCGCGGCGCGCUCGGGACGUCUUAACGUUGUGUGGGUCGUGUGCGUGCGAAGGGGGGUAACGUAAGGGCGCUCGGCUAGCCCGUCUCUCCUCGAAUGAAAGGAAACAACCUCCGGCGACAGAGCCCCGCUCUUCGGCAGUGCCGGAGAACCGCCGCCCGCCUUCUUUCUCUCUCUCCUCGUGGGCGCUGUCCUCCCGCCGCCAGCCUGCUGGCCCCGUCGCAUUUCUUGAGGCUUAAAGUGGCAUUCUAAAGGCAAUUUAAAAAUCAUGUCAAGCUCAAUUGAACAGAAAAAAGGGCCUACAAGACAGCGCAAAUGUGGCUUUUGUAAGUCAAAUAGAGACAAGGAAUGUGGACAGUUGCUAAUAUCUGAAAACCAGAAGGUGGCAGCACACCAUAAAUGCAUGCUAUUUUCAUCUGCUUUGGUAUCGUCACACUCCGAUAAUGAAAGUCUUGGUGGAUUUUCUAUUGAAGAUGUCCAAAAGGAAAUUAAAAGAGGUACAAAGCUGAUGUGUUCUCUGUGCCAUUGUCCUGGAGCAACAAUUGGCUGUGAUGUGAAAACCUGUCACAGAACAUACCACUACCACUGCGCAUUGCAUGAUAAAGCUCAAAUCCGAGAGAAACCUUCACAAGGAAUUUACAUGGUUUAUUGUCGAAAACACAAGAAAACUGCACAUAACUCUGAAGGUGAUUUAGAAGAAAGUUUUAAUGAGCAUGAACUGGAGCCCUCAUCUCCCAAAAAUAAAAAGAAAAGUCGCAAAGGAAGACCAAGAAAAACUAAUUUUAAAGGACUGUCCGAAGAUACCAGAUCCACGUCCUCCCAUGGAACAGAUGAAAUGGAAAGUAGUUCCUAUAGAGAUAGGUCUCCACAUAGAAGCAGUCCUAGUGACACCAGGCCUAAAUGUGGAUUUUGUCAUGUGGGAGAGGAAGAAAAUGAAGCAAGGGGGAAAUUGCAUAUAUUUAAUGCCAAGAAGGCAGCUGCACAUUAUAAGUGCAUGUUGUUUUCUUCUGGAACUGUUCAGCUCACAACAACAUCAAGGGCAGAAUUUGGAGAUUUUGAUAUUAAAACUGUACUUCAGGAGAUAAAGCGAGGAAAAAGGAUGAAAUGUACACUUUGCAGUCAGCCUGGUGCUACUAUUGGAUGUGAGAUAAAAGCCUGUGUUAAAACCUACCAUUACCACUGUGGAGUACAAGACAAAGCAAAAUACAUUGAAAACAUGUCACGAGGAAUUUACAAACUGUAUUGUAAAAAUCAUAGUGGAAAUGAUGAGCGCGACGAAGAAGAUGAAGAACGAGAGAGUAAAAGCCGGGGAAAAGUAGAGCUUGAUCAGCAGCAGCUCAGUCAGCAGCAGCUUAAUGGAAACUAGGUUCAUGGGACAGAGUUAGAAAGCUGAGAAUGAAUAAGACAUCCAUAACUACUAUACUUUUUUCACUGUUUUCUAAAAUCAAAAAGGGUUUGUAACUUUUUACUGCCCAGCUCUUAGACCCUUUAUUGAACUGCCUAAAAACAUCUUGUUUGUUUUCUGAGCCUUCACUAGACAGCCGAAUUUGACAUGUUGAUAUUACAUAGUUUGCAGUUUCUGGGAAGCAAUCGAAACACUAUUUACUCUGUGUAUAGUGUCAGCAGUUAAAGCAGGCAUUGGAAUGAAGUAAAUGAUAUUUCUGGACUGAACAAAGCUCUGCUGUUUAGAGUGUUUUAAGUUUGUUUAGUGGAUCCAUGCUCAAGGGAAAUCUAAGCAAUUUUGUCUUUACAAUGCAAACAGCCAGUAAUUUAUGGAUUUUUUUUCUUUCACGUUCAAGCAAUGAAGGCUAGAAAUGAAGAGAACCUCAUUUUUGUCUUGGCUUUGAUAGCACAUGUUAAAAAGUCUUUCAGGAAGUGUGCUCAGGUUCUGCUUUGGUUCCUGUGUUCACUGAGCAGCUGGUGAUUAGAAGCUAUGAGCUCCAGUGCUUCUGCCAAAAUUCUCUUGACAGUACCGCCUCUUCUCUUUUCCAUGUCAUACAAAGAGCUUCUGGCAAAAUGAUGGAAUCCAAUCAAGAUUAAAGUAACAUUUGACAACAGCAGAUUAAACCUCUUUGAGAGUAAAGGGGUUACCAACACGCUAAGGACUUUAGACAUCAUGUCUGAAACCCGUUCCUCUCAAGUGCCCUGUUGUGUGGAACACAUCGCAUAUUGGCCCAAAGUUUAUAAGGAGGUCUUAUGUGUUAACAGUAAAAAACAAACAGUCUUUGCAUAAAACAGUAUUUAUUUUUAAUUUUGUGACCACUAUUUUAGAAACUUUAUUUAAUGUUUUCAGUCAUUGGUUUGCUUGUAUUAACUAGGCUUUUGUGCCCUUCUUUUCUUCUGGUAGGGCAUGGUGUUGUUUUCUAAUCAUUGGAAUUGUUUGUGAAAGCCUAAGAACCCAGCAUUUUAGAAAGGAUUUCCACACUGGCAUUCCUAGCUAGUGUAUUUUCUUCCACUUACCUGCUGAAGCACAUUUAUAUAUUUCUUUAUGGCAAAACCAAAAACCUUUAGUUGUGGUCUGCCUAAUAUUACCAUAGCACCUCAGUAUGAAGGGUAGGGAUUCUGAGUUCUGAAUUAUUAAACCUACCACAAUGAAUCAGAUUUGAAAAUAAGAAAUAACAUGUUAACUUGACUGUACUGCAAUAUUCUGCAGCUGGCAGAACAGCAUUUUUUUAAUGUAACAGGUGGAAAAUUACACUGUGCUUAUCGACUGAAUUUUUUAACUGCCAGUCCCUUAAGAUCAUGUUUGUCAAGUGUGUACUGACACAUUUACUUCAAUCAAGGGACUCGAUGCUUGCUUUAUUUUAACCAUCUUUUAUUGUUAUUUUAGAAGGAAACUAGCUUUAGUAGUGGAUUGCCCUGUACAUCUUCUCUUUUUGCUCUUAAUAUGCCAUGAUGUAUAUGUGACUGAUUUUCAAAAUUCAUCAUGACUUGAAGUGCAAGGACAGAUCUCAAUGUUUGUUUACCAAGCUAUGUGACCUUUCCCAAAGGAUCUGUACUUUAUUUCCUUAUAACAGCUUGAAAAACAUUAUUUUUUAAAUCUUCAAAUCACUGUGUCUAGGUCAUUUUUACAUUGUGUGCCAUAGAACUUACCCGUGGAGAAAUAGAGCUCCUUCGUUUUUGGACAACUACUGUAAUAAUUUUUUUAGGAAAAAUGGAAGGUGCCAGGGGUAAUCAUGGCCAGUCAAUAAUUAUAUAAAGGACUUCAAAUACUAUAGAUGUCAGUUGAUGGGUUUGUUAUGUAGUAAAUGUUUGACUUUGUGUGGAUUUCUUCAACCGUUUCUCUGCUACUAGCAACCAGAAAAGCACUUUACCUUUUGGUUGGUUAGUAAAGUGGCUGACUACCUGUUUUUCUCACUGUGGUGUGAUUGGCUAAAUAAUCGUGCAUUUAAAAUUGAAAUGUAAAUUGAAGUCACAUGAAAAAUCAUGUUUAGUUGUAAACUUCCGAUGUUUUGAUUCUUUAUCUGUGUUUUCAUCAUAUGCUGAGUAAAAGUGCCUUACAAUGUAAAAAUUGUACAGUACUUAUGUUCCCAAGUAGCAUCUUCAUCCUCUGGCUAGUAAUUACAUUGUGGUAUUAAUAUUUAGAUAAAUGGACCUCAGCAGUGUAUUUACUGUACAUCUCUUAAGUCCUUAACUGUAGUUUUAAUAAGCAUGACAUUAUUUGAUAAGUAUAUGACAUUACAUCAUUUCCAAAAAUACUGCCAUUACUGUCUUUAAUGCAUAUUUUAGCCUGAAGUUUUGAUGUCUUUUUUUUCUUUCUUUUUUUUUCUUUGUUUUGUUCCUUUUUGUUGUUAUUAUUACUAUUAAACAGUGUAAUCUUUGCAAGCGUAUAUUGAAGAUUAUUCUGGAGCAUUUAUUGCCUUACCAGAAAUGUUAGUAAGAAAUGUUUAGAGUAGAAGGAUAGACUUGAGUUUCUAUACUUUAAUAAGAGCUCUUUCUUCCUGGGGGUGGGGAGGGGGGGUAGUUUCACCUUCAUCUCAAUUUAUUAAAAACCCACAAGUGAAGUAAAUUUCAUUUCAAGGAUCAGCAGUUUUAGAACUCCAGAGAAGUACUUGCUCAGAAGUAUGUGCCGCUCAAGCUGUUGACAGAAUAACAGGCUCUGUAGAUCUGCUAUUGAAUCAGAAUCUAUGGACUUGAACAAUCGUGGGAAUCUCAAAUAUCUCAAAGCAAAAGCAAAAGCAAAAAAAGUGUCCUAGAAUGUUGUUGCUUUUUGAAAAAGCACUGAAGUUAGACCAAGGCACAGUUUUUGUUCAAACAGACAUUUAAGUUAAUUGUAAAGAUACGGAAUGC